UCGUACAGCCACUGCAUCAACAAUUUUGCUAGCUAAUAAGCUCUGCAAGUUGGCCAUGGGCGAUGAUCUUGUGCUCUGCCUGCUUGUGGUAUCGAUGCAAGUGCUGGUUCCCGUCGUCGUCGCCAGCCGACGGCCGCCGGCGAUCUACGUGUUCGGGGACUCGACGCUGGACGUGGGCAACAACAACUACCUGCCGGGGAAGGACGUCGCCAGGGCCAACCGGUCUCCCUACGGCGUCGACUUCCCCGGAGUUCCCACCGGAAGGUUCAGCAACGGCUAUAACACAGCUGACUACGUUGCAAGGAGCAUGGGUUUUGUGAGUAGCCCUCCGCCUUACCUGUCGCUGGCAAAGAGCUCCAGCCUUCUUGUCCUGACCGCUCUCACCGCUGGCGUCAGCUACGCUUCCGGAGACGCUGGCAUCCUCGACUCCACUAACCCCGGCAAAACCAUCUCGUUGUCGAGGCAGGUGCACUACUUCAAUGCUACCAAGUCCAAGAUGGCCUCCACGCUGGGCUCCCGCGCGGUGAACGCCAUGCUCUCCAGGUCCAUCUUCCUCGUCGGCGUCGGCAGCAACGACCUCUUCGUGUUCGCGGCCGCGCAGCAGAACAGGUCGGCCGCGGAGCGGCAGAGCGACGACGUCGCCGCGUUCUACGCCAGCGUCGUCUCCAGCUACUCGGCCACCAUUCAGGAGCUCUACAAGCUGGGCGCCAGGAGGUUCGCCGUCAUCAACGUGGGUCUCGUGGGCUGCGUGCCGCGGGUGCGCGCGCUCGACGCGGCGGGCGCGUGCGCCGGCGGCAUGAACCAGCUUGCCGCCGGCUUCGACGCCGCGCUCGAGUCGCUGCUGGCCGGGCUCGCCCCCAGGCUGCCGGGGAUGGUCUACUCCCUCGCCGACUCCUUCGGCCUCACGAAGGAUACCUUCGCCGACCCCGCGGCGUCGGGGUACACGAACGUCGCCGGCGCGUGCUGCGGCGGCGGGCGGAUGGGCGCGGAGGCGGACUGCCUGCCCGGCUCCACGCUCUGCACCGACCGCAGCCACUACCUCUUCUGGGACUGGGUCCACCCUUCCCAGCGAGCUGCCAUGCUCACCGCCAAGGCCUUCUACGACGGCCCAGCCCGGUUCACCUCGCCCAUCAGCUUCAAGCAGCUAGCCCACAAAAUAUGAUUGAUUAUUCUACGUCGUCCUUGCUUCUUGGGAAGAAGUCUGAUCCUGUCAUGAAUUUGCCCGUGCUUUGUUUGUUUUUGUAGUACUUAUGGUUUGGUCUAAUUUUCCAUAUGAGUACUGUAAUGAAGUAAGGAAGACAUAGUAAGGACGGCGGUGGCAACUUACAUUUUGCCAUUUCCGGAUUUGCUCAAUAAAGCCUCUGUUGGGCUUGUCCCCCUGGGUUUGCAUUUUC